AAAUGAACAAGCCAACAAGGUACAAUUGAGUACAACAUUUGAUUGAUACAAACUAAAGAAUUACAAAAAAAAAUUAACAAACAUGUCUUGGUGGAGUGGAUUCUUUGAGCUGAAGCCUUUACUUCACUUACUACUUCCACUAAGCAUCCAUUGGGUUGCUGAAGAAAUGACUGUUUCUGUUCUUGUUGAUGUUACAACCACUGCUUUAUGUCCUCAACAAUCAACUUGUUCCAAAGCUAUUUACAUUAAUGGCCUUCAAGAAACAAUUGCUGGAAUUUUCAAGAUGGUGGUGCUUCCAAUUUUGGGUCAGCUUUCAGAUGAACAUGGCCGCAAACCUUUACUUCUUGUUACCAUGUCCACCACCAUAAUUCCUUUUGCUUUACUUGCUUGGAAUCAAUCUGAGGAAUUUGUAUAUGCCUACUAUGUGUUUCGCAUAAUUUCGUUUAUAAUCAGUAAAGGGAGUAUUUUCUGCAUCUCUGUCGCGUAUGUGGCAGAUUUUGUCCAUGAAAACAAAAGAGCAGCAGUAUUUAGUUGGAUCACUGGUCUCUUUUCGGCUUCACAUGUUCUUGGGAACGUCUUGGCUCGAUUUCUUCCUCAAAACUACAUUUUUGUGGUUUCAAUAGCACUAUUGAUAUUUUGUCCUGUUUAUAUGCAAUUCUUCCUAGUUGAAACUGUGAAACUGGCUCCAAGAAAGAAUCAAGAGCUAGGCUUCUGCACUAAAGUUGCGAAUGUUGUUAACCGAAGAUACAAAUCCAUGAGGAAUGCCGCGGAAAUAGUAAUCUUCAGUCCUACAUUAAGAGGCAUAACUUUUGUCUCUUUCUUUUAUGAGUUGGGAAUGUCCGGCAUAAGCACCGUUUUGUUGUACUAUUUGAAAGCUGUUUUUGGUUUUAACAAAAAUCAGUUCUCAGAACUUCUGAUGAUGGUCGGAAUCGGUUCAAUAUUUUCUCAGAUUGUGUUACUUCCAAUACUUAAUCCUUUGGUUGGAGAAAAAGUGAUUCUAUGCUCUGCCUUACUUGCAUCAAUAGCAUAUGCAUGGCUUUCGGGACUAGCAUGGGCACCUUGGGUACCAUACUUAAGUGCUUCAUUUGGAAUAAUCUAUGUGCUUGUGAAACCUGCUACAUAUGCUAUUAUUUCAAAAGCAUCAAGCUCAGCCAAUCAGGGAAAAGCACAAACCUUUAUUGCUGGUGCACAAUCUAUAUCUGAUUUACUAUCACCAAUUGUUAUGAGUCCUUUGACUUCACUGUUUUUAUCUAGCAAUGCUCCAUUUGAAUGCAAAGGUUUUAGCCUUAUAUGUGCAUCCAUAUGCAUGAUAAUUUCUCUGAUUUUUGCUUGCAUGCUAAAUCCUAAUCCUAAUCCUAAUAGUAAUACUCAUUCAAGUAAUGACUCGGAGGGCAACCUAGAAGACCCGCUUCUGAAUUAAAAUUGAAUGUAUCAUUUGCAGUCUGGCCAAUCAUGUAAUUUACAACUAUUAGCCUCAAUACUUAAUGAUAUUUAAACUGGGGACCACUACAUAUCAGCGUUCCUGUAGUUACCAACUGAGAUGUACUUACAAGACGGAUAAAAUAAUAAUAUACUAAGAAAAAUAGAAAAGUGAAUAUCAUAAGCUAUAUUAAAGAUUAAAUUUGUUAGUUUUUGUAAGGAAAUGUUACUAGUUUGUUUGUUACGUUACCUCAUUCUUAAAUUGUCCAUGAGGUGCUACUAAUUGUUAAGAGCCAAUGUAACCUGAAAGAAUGAAGUUCAAAAUAAUUAAUGUCCAUCAGUGUAAUUUAAUUAACAAUAA